CUUAUCCUUAUCAACAGAACUUGACUCUUUAUAUCAAAAAAGAAGAAGAAGAAGAACUUGACCCUGAUAUUCCUUCGCUCCAUCUUUCUCUUUUUCUGCAAUCGCUCUUCUUCCAUGGCUUGGUUGCAACCAGAGUUCAAAAAUUGGAUUCCAAUCGGUUGGUGCGACUUUGGUAUAUUACAGACCUUAAAGGGAACAAACGAUGGCAGAGAUUUUGAUUUCCAUUGGGGCAAAGGUUGCAGAAUAUCUAGUGGAUCCAAUUAUACAUCGUGCUCGUUAUUUGUUGUGCUUAAACCAAUUCAUUGGAGAUGUUGAAAAAGCAAGAGAAGAGCUGGAGGGGAAACUAGAAGAUGUGAAAAGGCAAAAGGAAGAAGUUGAUAGAGAAACUAAAGAAAUAAUGCCCUCCGUGCAAAAGUGGUGGGAUAAUGUAGAUGCAAUUCUAGAGGAUGUGCAAAAGCUACAACGAAAGGCUGAAGAAGGAGGAGCAAAGAAAUGUUUUAAUGUGCGACACAGGUAUUCUUUAGCAAAAGAAAUGGAAAAUAAGGCUAAUCGAAUGAAGGAGCUCAAACAAAAUUCAAACUUUGAGCCAUUUUCCACUCGCAUCCAACUUCCAAGCAUGCCUAACUUUUCCACCAAAGACUUUGUGGAUUUCAACUCGAGAAAAUCAACAUGCAAUCUUAUUUUAGAGGCCAUUAAAGAUGGCAAGAACAAGAUAAUUGGACUGUAUGGCAUUGGGGGCUCGGGUAAAACCACCUUGACCAAAAAGUUAGGUGAUAAGGUCAAAGAAUUGAAGCUGUUUGACAAUUGCAUCAUUGUAGUUGUUUCAAAACCUCCCAAUGUGCUGAAAAUUCAACAGGAUAUAGCAGAGCAAAUAGAUUUCAAAUUAAAGGAGCAAUUGCAAUUUAAAAGAGCAGAAACAUUAUCUUAUAGAUUAAGAAAUAAGAAGAUUUUUAUAAUCUUGGAUGACGUGUGGAGCAAACUAAGCCUUGAAGAAAUUGGCAUUCCACAUAAUGAAGAUUGUUGUGUCUUGUUAACCACUCGCCUUCGAAAUGUAUGUGUCUCUAUGGAUUGUCAAAGUAUAACUGAACUGCCUCUCUUAAUAGAGGAAGAGGCAUGGUCUUUGUUCAAGAUGCAUGCUAACAUAACCAAUGAAUUGAAUGAUGAGUUUGAUGGAAUUGGAAGGGAGAUUGUUGAUGAGUGUAAGGGUUUACCUAUAGCAAUUGUGACUGUAGGAAGCAUGUUAAAAGGAAGGAGAACUUUUCGAGUAUGGAAGUCAACAUUAGGAUGGCUACAACAUCCUGCAUCGCUAGAUAUUGAAGAAGAUUUGAGGAGCCUUUAUGCAGUUCUCAAAAUAAGUUAUGAUUAUUUGCCGAGUCAACUAGCCAAAUCAAUCUUCUUAUUGUGCUCUAUGUUUCCUGAGGAUCAUGAAAUCCAUGUAGAGGAUUUAAUUCGUUUUGGCAAGGGGACUCUUGAGCUAGAUGAAUGUAUUUAUACAAUGGAGGAUGCAAGGAAUGAGAUUUUAGCAACUAUUGAGAAGUUGUUAGAUUCUUGUUUGUUAAUGCCCACCAAUGAGCAAGCAUGUGUAAAAUUGCAUGAUGUGGUUCGUGAUAUAGCCUUAUGGAUUGCAAAGAAAGAAUAUCAAGCAAUUUUGGUGGAUAGAAAUACAGUUUCAAGCAUGUUGGAUAAAUAUCAAAGUCUGAAAGAUACAAAGGCACUAUCAUUGUGGAAUUUGGAUGAGAAUUUCAAGCUCCCUAAUCAAUUGCAUUCUCCAACACUUGAAAUUCUACUACUUCAUCAUCAAGGGUCCAUUGAUCAUCUUGGAGUGGUAGAAGCAUUAAAAGUCUUGGUCUUCAUAACAUUUAGCUUUAAAUGGACAUCCAGGAUGCCAAAAACUCAAUUGUCAAUUUUGCAAUCAAUUGUGUCAUUAACAAAUCUACACACCUUAUGGCUUAGAGGAAAAGUAUUGGGUGACAUCUCUUUCUUGGGUGAACUUAAAAAAUUAGAGAUUUUUGACUUGCAUGGUUCUCAAUUUGAUGAAUUACCUGCUGGAAUUGUAUAUAUGAAAAAGUUGAAACUUUUGGAUGUGUUUGGUUGUGAAAUUGAGAAAAGUCCUUUAGGAGUAAUUGGAAGAUGUGAGCAACUGGAAGAAUUAUACUUAUGGGAUAAGAAAUCAACUAUCCCAAAAAAUUUCUCUCUUUCAAGGUUGAAGAGGUAUGUUAUUUAUGAUUCUAGAUUCGAUAUUCAUGAGGUUCCUUUUCUAGAAUAUUUUGAUGGUUGUGAUGAAGCAUUAAGAGCUUUAUGUAUACAAGACUUCAAAUUCAAUACUCUGAGUUCAUCAAUGAAAGAUCUCAUUCUUAGAGCAAAUUGCCUUUGCCUGGAGAAUUGUAUGUGGGAUCAUAAAGAUCUAAAUUUAAAGAUAAAACACUUAAUGGUUUCAUGUUGUCGGGAGAAAAGAUUCAUAAUUGAUAACUCUGAUGUCAACAAUCUUCAAACAAAACAAGUAUUCUCCCACUUGACUACUUUAAGAUUGAGAGAAAUUAUUAAUCUUGAACAAGUUUUCCAAGAUUCAUCUAUAGGGUGCUCUCUUCUGAUGUUACAAGAGUUAUUCAUAGAAAGGUGUCCCAAAUUGAGAACCUGCAUCUUCACCCACGCUAUUGUUAUACCAAAGCUGAGAAAACUUGAGAUAUAUGGCUGCGACAAAGUGAAAUGGCUAUUUCCUUAUUCUCUUACUUGUCAAUGUCCUUCACUAGAGGAAUUGUGGAUACACUCUUGCUCUAAACUUGAGAGGUUCAUCGGUGUAGAUGGUGAUGAUAAGAUAAAACACGAGGAUCAAUUACUACAGCACCAAGGGGAGUUCCUUUAUGAUAUGCAAGGUUUUCCAUAUGGGUAUGAGAUUGAGAGAGCAAACAACUUCAAGCAGCUACGAAAUCAGAAGCCCUUGACCUUUUUCCUAAGUUUGAAAUUUCUACAAAUUAGAAAUUGUAAAAGAAUCAAUGAUAUAUUUGAAGUGCGAGUGACGAGAGAAGCACAAGAUCCUAAUUUGAAGCUGAAUUCAGAGUUGUGUAAAUUAAGAUUACAAGAUCUACCAAAUUUGGAAUAUAUUUGGAAGGGCCCCACACAAAUUGUAAGCCUCCAUAGACUUGAAAGAGUUGAAUUGUGGAGUUGCCCAAGAUUAAAAAGUAUCUUCUCUCCUACUAUCCUUACAAGCCUCCCAGAAGUGAGGCAACUUUUUGUAUAUGAAUGCGAGGAAUGGGAAGGAGUAUUUUGUGAAGAAUCACUUAAAAACCUUUCUUCUUCUUCUUCCUCCUCUAAUGUAUGCUUCCCUAAACUCAAUGAGAUUUCAAUAGAGGGCUGCAACAAAGUGAAAAGACUAUUAUCUUAUUCUCUGGCUUCUCAUUGUCAUUCACUAGAGUAUAUGAUAAUACAUGAAUGCUCUCAACUUGAGAGGCUUGUUGACGGAGACAAUGAUGAAGAAUCAGCAAAUGGGGAUUGGCUACCACUGCUUCUCAAACUGAAGGAAUUAACUCUAGUAAUGUUGCCAACAUUGAGAGACAUUUUCACAGGAGAACUUGAGUACAAGCUGGAAUGCCAUCAUGAUAGACACAAAAAGAAGAAUGACAGUGUAAGGCCAAAGGUGUUGAAUUCAGAAUUAUGUUCUAUACAUUUAAUGGAUCUGCCGGAGUUGGAAUUUAUUUGGAAGGCCCCCACUCAAAUUAUAAGCCUCCAUAGACUUCAAGAAGUUAAAUUGUGGAGUUGCCGAAGAUUAAAAAGUAUUUUCACUCUUGCCAUAAUUACAAGCCUUCCAAAGUUGAAGAAACUUGGAGUAAAAGCAUGCGAUCAAUGGGAAGGAGUAUUUUGUGAAGAAUCACUUCAAAACCUUUCUUCUGCUUCUUCCACGGUUUGCUUCCCCAGCCUUGAGAGAAUUGGUAUAUAUGAUUGCAACAAAGUGAAAAGGUUGUUUUCUUAUUCUCUAGCAUCUCAAUGCCCUUCAUUAAAAAAAAUAAUUAUAAAUGACUGCUCUGAACUUGAGUGGGUUGUUCAAGGCUAUGAAAGUGAACAAGUUACUGGUCAUGAUCAGAAACUAUUUCCUAAAUUGAAUAAAUUGGAUCUCAGGAGGUUGCCAAAGUUGAGAGAGAUUUAUACAGGUUAUGAAUUCAAUCACGUAUCUGGUACUAUGAGUAUACAAGAUUGUCCAAACAUAUACAACAUCCCAUUAUAAUACAAUGCCUCAUCAGACUUGGAGAUCAAAUCUGAAAGUCAAGGAUAUAAGAGGGAUAACGAGCUUUGGAUCUUUCGAAGGUUUUCAUUUGUAGUUGCGUUUCACCAAGUGGUGUAUGUGAAGAUGUCUUUGAUUUGUGUCAGACUGUUAGUGUAUUGAAGAUUAUACAAAAACUAAAACAAUGCAUGAAAGAUUGG